CUAAGAGUUAAACUUUAAUAUCUGUUCAUUCGAUACGGAUAGACCACAGACGUCUCUUUAACUUAAUCUAUGUAAGAUAUACGGGUUUCAAUAUCAGGAAUCCACAAACUAUAACUACCGAAGCAAAAAGUUGAUCAUGGAUAAGCCAGUUUGCCUCAUUGACACAGAGUCAGAUGGGAAGCUGUGUGUACAGCAGUCAGCGCUGGAGAUCCUGCUGAAGAUCGAUCAGCCGGUGGUGGUGGUGGCUGUGGUCGGUCUCUAUCGCACCGGGAAAUCCUACCUGAUGAAUCGACUCGCCGGGAAACAAACAGGGUUUGCACUGGGCAGCACAAUUGAGUCCAAGACAAAGGGCAUCUGGAUGUGGUGUGUGCCCCACCCCAAACAAAAAGAAACCACUCUGGUGUUGCUGGACACUGAGGGACUUGGAGAUGUCGACAAGGGAGACUCAAAGCAUGAUACCAAGAUUUUCUCUUUGGCCGUUCUUUUGAGUAGCACUAUAGUCCUGAACACCAGAGGAACUAUUGACAACAGGGCCAUAGAGGAACUGCAAUAUGUCACUGAACUAACUGAGUACAUCAAGAUCAAAUCACCUGAUGAAGUUGUAGAUGAUUCAGAGUUUGUGAAGUUCUUCCCCAGUUUUAUUUGGGCUGUGAGGGACUUUACUUUACAGCUAAACAUAAACGGCAAAGACACAACAGAGGAUGAAUAUCUGGAGUUUGCUCUGAAACUAAAGUUAGGUAUCUCAACUCAAGCAAAUAAUUACAACCUUCCAAGAGAGUGCAUUCGGAAAUAUUUCCCAUCACGAAAAUGUUUCACCUUCCCAUUCCCCACCAACCCGGAGAACGUCUCAUAUCUGGAGACACUUAACCCAGCUGAGAUUUCAAAACAUUUCUUGGAGGUCACCGAUCGUUUCAGCCAGUUCAUAUUUAAUCAGAGCCAAGUAAAACAUCUGAAAGAUGGACACAAGGUCACUGGUAGAGUUUUGGGUCAUCUUGCGAAAACAUACGUGGAGACCAUCUCUAGUGGGGCUGUGCCAUGUCUGGAGAACGCUGUGAUCGCUAUGGCCAUGAUUGAGAAUGAGGGUGCAUUGCAGGAGGGACUUGAGGUCUACAAGAGUGGAAUGGAGAAGCUGAAGAACUCUUAUCCUCUGGAACUGAAUGAAAUCAAUGCUGAACAUCAGUGUUUUAAUCUCAUGGCUACACAAACCUUCAUGAAACGCUGCUUCAGGGACAAUGAUGGGAAGUACUUGACAUCUUUAGAGGAGGCCAUCAAUCAUGAGUUUGAUAGAUAUCUCUUGGACAAUGAGACGGCUUCUGAGGGAAAAUGUGAAUGUAUUAUAUCAUGUCUCUCCGAACAAAUGACUGAAAGAAUCACUGGAGGAUACUAUGCAAGACCAGGAGGUUAUGAUCUCUUCUGUCGGGACCUGGAAGACAUUGUGAUUCAGUACAACACACAGGCCAAUAAAGAAGUUAAGAGUGCUGAGGUGUUGGAGAAGUUUUUACAGGAAAAGGCGGCCAUUACAACAUCCAUCCUGCAGGCUGAUAAUAAACUAACUGAAAAUGAAAGAAGGAUUUGUGAGGAGAGAGAGAGGGCAGUCCUUCUGGAGCAAGAAAUUAAGGCCCAGGAAGAAAAGCAACGUCAUCUGGAGGAGAAGAUGGAAAUUGAACGACAGAAUAAUGAAGAGAGAAUGAGACAGGUCAUACAGAUGAUGGAAGAUGAGAUGUUUCUUCAAAAACAGGAGACGGAGCGUGCGAUGGAGAGCAAGCUAAGGGAAAAGGCCGCUCUGAUGGAGAAAGGCUUUCAGGAGAAAGCAGAUAAGAUGUCUCGGGAGAUUGACGAGUUGAGGAGGAAGAAUGCUGAUGCAGUGGCGGGAACCUCGAGAAGUUAUUCACAGAUGAUAGAAAAUCAGCAGCGAAGACAUGACCAGAACAUGGAGGCGUUGAGGCAGCAGCAUAGACAACAGAUGGAACAAAUUAACAGCAGACCCAAACGAUCAUCUUCAUCCUGUUCUAUACAAUAAAAUGUGUUUAGAGAUUUCUGAAUUGUUUAGUUCGUAUAAUCACACACACAAUAGUUUAUCGGUUAAUCCCACAUCCCAAGAGGCCUGACUGUUAUCAACUGAAUAUUUAGCAAAAUCAUCAGCAAAAUGCACAGCAUAUUCGUAUAUAGCACAUAUAAAGCAGUUAUCACUAAACUGUGUAAUGUCACUGCUUGUUCACAAAUAUGUUAAACUAAUUUAGAAACUGCUAAAGGAAAAAUGUAGUAACAGCAAAAGCUUCAGUGGAUAAACAUAAAAGUUAAAGGAUUACUUCACUUUCAUAAAAAAAUUCUGAUAAUUUUGAGAAAUAAUUGUAACCAAACCAUUCACAGACCCCAAUUUACUUCCAUAGCAAUGAGGUCCACGAACGGUUUGGUUACAAAAAUUUCAGACUUUAGUACUUUAGAAUGAGUGAAUGAAUGAGAUUUGCUUGUUUAGGUCACUUUUAACAUCUGAUCAAAGCAUUUGAUGUAAUUCAGAUACAGUAAGUUCAAAUAAAAGGCCUUAAGCACAGUCUGGGUUGUCUUUUUCAACUCCUUGAUUGGUAGAUCUUCUUCUCUACAUGGAGGACAUGGUCAAAGAUUGUGGGCUUAAAAAAUUGUGUGACCUCUGUUCUGAAUCAAGAAAUAGAUUGGUGACACGACACCAAUGCACCGUUUUGUAUUUGUGGAAUGCAAGAGCCUUUGUAAGUGAUGAUAAACAGGAAGAAAAACAAAACUGAAAGAAACAUGACUGUGACAACUGGUAAAACACCUUUUGUUUCACAACCCUUUUGCCCCUGAUUUGAAGUGAUUCUGCCAGAUUUGACAUUUACUUUUUAAUUAUGCUUUCAUUCAAACCAACUUAUUAAUAUAGUUCAAAAGAGUUUCAUGUACUCCAGUGUAAAGGAUCAUGCACUGAUUGAGUCACAGGUUCACAAGAUAUUUUUUCAUGUUUUAUACCCAGCAGGACAGACAGU